AUUAGUCCUCGUCGGAGCAUCCCACCCACAAAAGAAGAGACGUCACCUCUUUCAGCCUCUCCCCCACCUCCGAAGUGUUGUCUCCCGAGGAAAAAUCCAUUGACUCUCGCACCACCGCCGCCCGGCAACUGGAUACUAACCCUUCGACGCUCCUACCCCUGGUCCCUUCCAAUCAAAGAGAGUAGGUUUUCUUUCGGUCGGAUUGUGGAAUCGCGAUCGACGGCCGCGUGGUGGUAUCGGGAGGGAAUCGUGCGGAUCGGAGGAAGCCCUGGAUUUGAAUUGUAGGAGAUGUGGUGGGACGGAGGGCGGUUCUACUGGGGGAGUAAGGAGGGGAGGGAGGGGAUCGUGGUGGUGUUCGCGUGGUUGUCGAGCCAGGAGAGGCACUUGAAGCCCUACGUGCAGCUCUACUCGUCCUUCGGCUGGCGGUCGCUCGUCUGCCAUAUCGAUUUCCUCACCUUGUUUUUACCUGAGAAGGCCGCAUCACUAGCUGAUGGUGUACUCAGAGAGCUUCUUCAGGAACUUAAGAUUAGUCCAUCACCCAUUGUAUUCGCUGCUUUUUCUGGGGGACCGAAAGGAUGCAUGUACAAAGUUCUUCAGCUGAUUGACCAACAGUGCAAAGGACAACUUGAUCUGCACGACUAUCAGCUUGUAAAAGACUCUUUAUGUGGACAAAUAUAUGACUCCACUCCAGUAGACUUUACAAGUGAUUUGGGCACUCGAUUUGUUCUUCAUCCAUCUGUUCUGAAAAGGCCCCGCCCUCCUAGAGUUGUGUCAUGGAUGGCAAAAGCCUUGGCAACUGGCCUGGACACUCUCUUCAUAAGCAGAUUUGAAGCAGAACGUGCUGACUAUUGGCAGACUCUGUAUUCUUCAGUUAAUGUUGGCCCAUUCCUCAUAUUUUGUUCCGAAGAUGAUGAACUUGCUCCCUUCCAAGUCAUCUGUAAUUUUGCUCAACAUCUGCAGGAACUUGGUGGUGAUGUUAAACUAAUAAAAUGGAACAGCUCGCUGCAUGUAGGUCAUUACAACCUUCAUGCAUCUGAUUAUAGAGCUGGUGUGUCUGAGUUGCUUGUCAAGGCAGCUACUGUCUAUUCACACAGAAGGAAAAAAUCACAGGGUUUGCAGUGUCAUUCAAUAUCUCAGUCAGUUUGCAAUCUUCAUAAAGUCGCAGCGAGUUCUAAUGAGAGCCUAAAAAGAGUAGCAAUUGAUCCAAGUGAUCAUUUUUUCUUGCCAAGCUCCAUGGAGUACAAUGGUACUAAAGAAUCAAGCUUGCAGACUGGAGAGCUGUUCCACAUGCAGAACAUACCAAGCAUCAAUGCUCAUGGUGUUCUGGGCCAGUUGCUUUUUGAUGUGUGUGUUCCUAAGAAUAUAGAAGGCUGGGACAUAAAGCCCUCCGCCUCGUUGAACGGGAGGCCAAAAUUUGCUUCUGCUCAUCGUCCACGUGGUCCUUUUUUUCCAAUGAAAUGCAUACGGCGAUCUCGAUUGUAGAAUUUUUGACUCAAAAGGAAACCAAGUUUUCUGCGGAAUCUGAUGAAUGCUAAUAUUUUCUCAUUUCUUGAACUAGAAGAAAUAAGAAGGCUUAAAGGAAUGUACAGUAACUUCGAAGCGUGUAGUUUUUGUUCUGUGGAAGAACGAUUGUGUAAUGUUCCUAACAACAGAUAUUUGUAAGAUCAUUUGUUUUCAUCGCAGAGCAUAAAUUUGACUCAGCCGAUACAAAAUCA